GAGGGAAACCCGGAUCAAAACAAGGCGCUUCCUCUUCCUCUCUCUACAACUUCCCCAAAAUCAAUUUCUCUCUCUAAGAGGGAGAAAGCCAUAGAAAUGGAAGCAGCAAUGGGAUUGAUGAGAAGAAUUCCACCAAAGCAUACAGAAACUGCUCUCUCUGCUCUGCUUAGUCUCUUACCUCAUCACUCUUCAGAUCUCCUUUCUCAAGUUGAUCAGCCUCUUAAGGUAUUGUGCGAUAUGGAGUCUGGUAAAGAGUUCAUACUCUGCGAGUAUAACAGAGAUGCUGACUCAUAUAGGUCUCCUUGGUCAAAUAAGUAUCAUCCACCGUUGGAAGAUGCGCCUCAACCUUCUCCAGAGCUGAGGAAACUUGAGGUUGAAGCAAAUGAAGUCUUUGCUAUCUAUCGUGACCAGUACUAUGAAGGUGGCAUCUCAUCAGUUUAUAUGUGGGAAGAUGAAAAUGAAGGUUUUGUUGCUUGUUUCUUAAUAAAGAAAGAUGGCUCCAAGUCUGGACAUGGUAGAAGGGGGUAUCUCCAGGAAGGAGCCUGGGAUGCCAUACAUGUUAUUGAGGUGGGACCAGAAGAGGAAGGAAUUGCCCAAUACUGCCUGACUAGUACGGUGAUGCUGACCUUGACUACAGACAAUGAGUCAUCAGGCUCGUUCAAUUUGUCUGGAUCAAUUAGAAGACAGAUGAGUAUGAAGCUCUCUGUCUCAGAUGGUCAUCUGUGUAACAUGGGAAAGAUGAUUGAAGAGAUGGAGGGUAAGCUGAGAAACUCCUUGGAUCAGGUAUAUUUUGGGAAGACAAAGGAAAUGGUUUGUACUCUGAGGCCACCUGCUGAACUGGUGACAUUGCCGGACAGCUGAAAUUUGUUAUUUCUUGCCUUUUCUGCUGGGUGUUUCUGUAAACCUUGGUUUGCUUCCAUGUCUCAGGGUUGUGGUUCAGUGCUCAUUAAAUUGAUAACUGAGUGUAUCAUAUCAUAUUUGAGUCAAUUCCUAGUUGUAGAUGGUCUGAAAAUGUCUCCUCACUUUUCUUUAACAUGUGGAUUAUCAUACAAAUUAAUUUUGUCAAGGGCCUAAUUUGGAUCCAUGAGGAGACAAGAGGAUUGAUUGAUCUAAAUGAAGUACUUGAUUAUAUAUAGAAGAGACAUUCUCAUGCCCUGA